GGUGCCAACCAGUACCACUGCCCCAAGUGCGACCGCAAGGUCGACGCCCGCAAGAGUCUUCGGCUGGCAAGGCCGCCUCCGUACCUGCACGUUACCGUUGAGCGGUACCACUACGACCUGAAGAAGGGCGAACGCGAGAAGCUGCUGAACCCGGUCUCUUUCCCGCAGAGGCUGCAGCUGCGCGCGUCCGGCGGGGCCCGGGAGGCGGCGGCGCAGACCUCGACGUACGAGUGCAUCGGCUACCUGGAACACGUGUCGGACUCAGCUCACAGCGGCCACUACACGGCCACGCUCUACCAGGAGGAGGAGGACGUGGCCGAGGCGCUGGCCCUGGUGCGCCCAGCCGCGCAGGCCGGCGCGCCGGAGCCGGACGAGGCCGCCGCGCGGGCGGCGCCGGAGGCGGGCGCU